UUUAUUUUCAUGUAGGGUUUUAACUAAAAUAUCAUUAAUCGGUGAGUCUCAUCUUUUCUUUCAAACCCUAAUUCCCAAAUCCCACCGCCGCCGCCAAUACUGAAGUUGCUCAAACGUCUUUCAUCAAUAGGGCAUCUCUACCUGUAAUUAACACAGGUGGACAGGUAGAGAAUAUCUAGGGUGUGAGGCAACUCCCGAACUCAGCAAGCUCAGUGAUCAAGAGGUGUGGACAGAUUCUGAAGUUGUAAUCUGUUUGAAGAUAGAAAAAAUGACUUCUGAAGGUUCAGAUAUUAUUAGCUAUCUGCCAUAUGAAAUCAAAGAACUGAUUUUAGAGCGUUUGCCAAUAAAAGAUGUCGUCAGGACUAGCGUUUUAUCCUCCAAGUGGAGAUAUGUAUGGGCUUCAAUGCGGAAGUUGGUUUUCGAUGAUAAGGACUUUAUAACUGAUGAGGAUUUUGAUAAUAUGUUUGCUGAAUUUGUUGAUCGAUUUCUCUUAUUACAUGAUGGUCUGAUACAAAAGUUCCAUCUCAUGAUGGAAUUUGAAUUAUCUGAAACUAUUGAUAGGUGGAUUCUUGUGGUAUCAAGAAAGAAAGUCCAAAACUUGAAACUUGUUCUAUCAGGACCAUUGGAUGACAUGUACAAGACGCACUCUAGUCUUUUUUCUUGUCAUGAGUUGAGGCAUCUUUGUUUGGAAAAUUGCUCCGUUAUUCUACCUCGUAACUUCAAAGGUCUUGGCAAGUUAAAGACUCUUAAACUCCAUGAUAUUGACAUUUCUGAUGAUGAUUUAAUUUAUUUGGUCUCAAGCUGCACUCAGUUACAACAACUAGAACUGAUUUGGUCGGAGAACGGCAAUAUUCUUGAUAUAGAAGGAAAAGAAGGACAAAAGUUAACAAUAUCUGAGUUUUCGUCAAUCUCCAUUUCAGCAAAUUCUAAUCCGAUUGAUGAAGACAUGAACUUAACCAUUGGCUCUGCUUGUGUUCCAACUAAUUUACUAGCAAGUCAGUUUAUUGUGCACAUGAAAGUUUGUGAUGGUGUGCUCAUUAUUCCUCAAAAUUUCCAAGGCUUGGAUAAGUUGGAGACUCUUGACCUUAAUAAUGUUAUGUUAUCACCUGACGAUCUUGAGAAUCUGAUUUUGGGCUGCACUCAGUUAAAUGAGUUCUCAGCAUCUACCGUGUAUGGCCCUGAUGAGCUCAAGAUUCACUCAAACAGCCUCCGAUGUCUGAAGAUAGAAAAUUUCAAACAUAUCCAUUUGGUUGCUCCUUUAUUGCAUGAUGCAUCUUUCAACCUACUUUGUUUUGAAGAUAAUUGUAAGGAUGAUACAAUUUAUCGCAAGUUUAUAGAGAGGAAUUUGGAGCUCUUGGAGGCAAUGGAAGAUUUAUACACAAUACUUACUCCGACUUCGACAUUUGAUCACUUGGUGAAUCUGUCUUUAACUGUAAAGUUCGGGGAUUUGUUAAGUGAAUUUGCACUGUUCUGUUUUGUGGAGAAGCCCAAAGCUAUUCAAUCUCUUAAAAUAAAGGCAAUCUCAUCACGAGAAGAUUUGCCAAACAUUUGGAGAUUUGCAAUAUUGAGGGAUUCAGAAAUUAUCUUUGAUCAACUUCUCAUGGUGAGGUUUGAUGGUUUUUUGGGUACUGCAAAUGAGCUUUCAUUUUUAACAUACAUUCUUGCUGCAUCCCCGGUGCUCAAGAAAAUGACAAUAGUACCAGUGGAAGGACAACUGCAGAAGUCAACCCGAACUUACCGGAAGUUGUUGAAGUCGAAGACAUUAUCCAGUGAAGCUGCGAUCACUUUUGUGUGAGAUGAAUUAGCAGGUCAUAAUGAGACGAGAAAGCUGAAGUCAUGAUCUUUUUAUGUUGAAGAAAAUAUCUCCUUCAUACAGACAUGAUCAGCAAACUGCCUAUGGAAAUCAAACAUGUUUUCGAGGAAGUAGAGAGAUGUAUGGGCAUCAUAGAUGGUUUUCCAUACAAAGAAAUCCAUAGGAGGAAUUAUCACUGCGACCGGAUAGCUUUUGCGAUCACAAGAUUGAAGAAACAAAACUUUGGUGUUUAAGGCUUCUAGGUUCAUUUGAACAUCUCUAUUUGGCAAGUUCUCAGCUGACUAAUUUAUUUAUGGACUUAUCUGGUAAAACAGCAAAGUUUCUGACUAAUUUUUUUUUUCUUUAAAUCUCAUGUCAUGCUCUUGUGCAUCUGCAACUUUCUUCUGGUGAGCUCGCUUUCAACAAGCUCAAGACUCUUGAUCUUUUCAAUAGUUACUCAGAAAACCUUCCAUGUUUAAGUAUGAUCAGAUAUACUCCGGGACAUCUCUAAUUGGCAUUUCCUAAACUGGAAGUUUGUUUUAUUUAUGUAUUUUAUUUUAUUUAUUUGAUAAAAAUAACUCAUAAGGCAUGCUUGGGGAUUUUCACUUUGGGAUAUUCAUUAUCCUUAUUCUCUAGCCAC